AUGGCUGCAACUCUUUAUCCACCUUUACGUAUUCGUGAUAUUCCUGGUCCACAACCUGGUCAAUUCGGUGUGCUUGAAAAAGCCUAUCGACCACAUAAAAAUCUUGUAGCACAAAAUCGUGAACUUGAAGCGAUACGUGAAACACGAGAUAAGCAAAAUCGAGAAGCUAAAACUGAAUUAAAUAAAAUACAAUUCGAUGAAUUAUCAUCAACAAAAGCUUUUCAUGCUGAAGUACGACGUGAAGUUGAACGAAGAUUGAAUCAUACAGAUCAUAAACUUGAAGAACGUCGUGAACGUCUGCGUGAUUUACUUGCUACUGAAGAAGCACAAUUUCUUGCAGAAACAGCAUCAUCUCAAGAAAGUUUAAGUGAACGUAUUGGAAAAAUGCGCCAAAAAGCUAAACGUAUACGUGAAGAAAAAGAAAGUGAACAUGCACGACUCGUACAAGAGAAAUAUGAUCAACGUUUUCGUCGUGAUUGUGCUGAAUUACGUGAACUUCAAUCGAAAGAAUUAGAUUACGAAUUGGGUAAUGAGCAUUUAUGGCAAAUGAAAGAAAAAUUCGAUAGAAAAAAAGAUCAUCAAGCAGAAGAAGAAUUUUGGACUAAAUUAUGGUAUGAUGAUAUUGCUAAAAAGAAAGAACGUGAAGAUCGUGAUGCACAAGAAGCAAAAGCAAAAUCUGAAAGCAUGUCUAAAAUCAUACGUGAACAAAUGCAAGCAAUAGACGCCGAUCGUGGUUUACAGAAAAGCAAACGAAAAGAAUAUUCAGAAGCUGCCUGGGCACAAUUUCGUGCUCAAAAAGAUGAGCAAGCUGCUGAAUUUCAAGAAAAACUACGUAAACAAGAAGAACAAAAACGUAUACUUGAUACAGUUUUAACUACAAAACAAAAAAUUCAACUACGCAAAGCCGAACAAGAAAAGGCGCUUGAUGACAAACUUGCUGAAGAAACUCAGCAUGCAACUCUCAGUGAUGACAUGGAAAGAAGGCAACGAAAGUACGAGCUUCGUGAUGAAAAUCAACGUUAUCGUGCUUAUUUGGAACAACGCAAACUUGACGAACAAAGACAACAAAUUGAACUUGAUCGUUUUCUACAAAUUGAAGCAGAUAGACAAAAUGCUAUGCGUGCAGGAAAAUUACGUGCUGAACAAGAUAAACGUAAUAAACUUCUUCAAGAAGUUAUUGUAGGUCGACAACAACAGUUAAAUGAGCGAAAUGAAAGAAAAGCACAAGAAAACAGUGAACAUCAAUGGCAAGUUGAUAAUAUGAAAACAAUUUCUGAACAAGUUAAACUAGAAGAUGCAGAUCGUGAAGCACGUAAUCGAACGAAACGACUUGCUUAUCGAAGUGAUUUAAUGGGGCAAAUGAGUUAUGAACAACGCAAGAAACAAGAGGAAGAAUACGAGAUUCGACGUGAACAAGCCGAAGGCAUGCAAGCAGAAAUUGAAUAUCAGAAACGCCUUAAUUUUGAACUUCAACAAACUGGUGUUGCUUAUCCACAUCCGAUUCGUCAAUGGUAUUCAGCUAAAACAGGAACAUUCUAUCGACCAGAAAAACCAGCUAUGUUCGAUGAUGAUAAUCCAGCGAAUGGCAAUGAAAAUCUUAGUAUUGUACCCCGACGUAAUACUACAGCACCAGAACAAACUCGUUCUAAUUUACCCGUGCCCAUUGUGUAUCAUUAA